AUGGAUGAAAUUUGUAACGUAUUAAAGGAAUAUAUUUCACAAACAGAAAGUAAUAACAUAAUUGAUUUAUUCAAAGAAUACAGCACAAGCACAAAAGACAAAACGGAAGUUCAUUCGAGACUUAAAAAAAUGGAAUGUACUAAACUAAUGGCAUUUGAUGCUAACGGUUUAUGCGCUUCCGCCAUGUCGGAUUUAGACAGUGCAUAUCCGAGAGCGGAAAGUGGAAGACCGUUUCUACCAGAAGAAGAAAAAGAAUUUGUAAAACUCUUCAAUAAACAAAAAUUCAGUCCUAGAACAGCUAUUUCAACAGUGUGGUUUGACUAUCCCACAAUAUUAGAUGGUAUAGUUUACGAAGAAAAUUUUAAAACUCCACCCUAUAGAGAUUAUAUUUUAAUUUUGAGAGAUUUAAGAAAUAAAUAUAAACGAGAAGGUAAUAUCGUGGGUAGUAGUUGCAUGAAAUUAUUAGGUAAUUCCUUGUAUGGUAAAUCAAUUACAAGAAGAUGGCUGACGGGUGAAAGUUGUCUGCAGGUUGUCUGA